UAAAUAGCUGCAGCAGUUUGGGUCUGAGUGGAAUUCUAAUUUUACGCUCUAGUACUAGUUCUCCUGAGUUGAGCUCUGCCUGUCUCAGUACUUCAUCACAAUGCACGUAUCUUCGAUGUUCGUCUAUGCUGGCUUCUUUUUGAUGUUGCAAAGUUAUUUCCGCGCCGUGCAAGGUUGGAAAGUAUUAAAAAACGAUGCUACAGAAAUCAUACCAGAAUACCACGAAGACAUACGGCAACCAGAACCCGCGGAUCAGUCAAACAGUACCAUGAUGAACCGGGCGAAACACGGGGGAAGGAUGGCAUCGUCCAAUAAACCAGUUUAUAGAGCUUCAGACCUGAGCUGCAGAGAGUUGUGCUCCACUCGAUACAUAACGGACGGACCCUGCCGCAGCAGCAAGCCAGUAAAAGAGCUGGUCUGUUCGGGCCAGUGUGUCCCGUCCCACCUCCUCCCUAACUCCAUCAUCCGCGGGAAAUGGUGGCAACACAACUCCUCUGACUACCGCUGCGUCCCGGCACACUCCCGGAUCCAGCGAGUGCAACUUGAGUGCCCCAACAAUGAGAACAGGACUUACAAAAUCCGAGUGGUGACAUCGUGCAAGUGCAAGCGUUACACCCGCCACCACAACCAGUCUGAGUUCAAAGAGAAGGUGUCACCCAAGCCCAGGAGGAGCAAGAAGAGGUCUCGCCUUUCCAGAGUGAGAAGCAAGGGGAACAACCAUGAGAUUGAGAGCGCUUACUAAACAGAAAACAGCCAGGAGCGAUUACAGACUGUUUGCCUAAGAUCUGCCCAGCUUUUGGAAAAGCAGAAACAUUACCAAGGGUUGCAAAGCUGUGUGCUCAGUAUGGACAGUGCAUUUUCUUGGGAAUCUUUCCUGUGUUUUUAUAACUUUAUUUGCAUGUUCUGUUGAGUCCUAGUCAUUUAUUAACGGCACAUCGGACAGUGUGAAUGUCUCAAGGGUACACUCUGGUGGGAAAUAUAUUUCCCAGUGGAAAAGCUAGUUCAUUUAACAGAUUCCUUCACAUGAUCAAGAUGGACAAAGGUACUUUUAACACAAACCCAUAGAAUAGCAAUUUGUCCCCUUCUAAUAAAAAUCUCUCCAAUAAUAAAGGUGGAUAAUGUUUAUCUUUAGAUAAUUGAAACAUGAUUCCAUAAACUAGACUAUACCCUGAAAGCAGCAUUUUUUUGUCAAUAUUUAGAGAGGCACAUCCAUUUUCUUUUAUCCAAAUCUCCAAUGUUUAGAUAGCCUUGGUUUGGUUGAAAGACUACUUUCAAACUUCUUAAUGUGCCAUACUAUUUAUCACAGGGUGGAGCACCUUACAAUAGAAACCAGCUGACAAAUGUAUCCUUGGCAUUUCAUAAUGGAUGGCAUUUUGGAAUUGUUUUGUUGUCUGAGUCUGCAAUCUUGCUCGUGCCAGUAUUCUUAAAAUGGCUUGGCAGUUUGGGACCACGAACCUGGAAUGAGGGGAAAAGCAUCUUAGCAAACAAAGAAAAAGAUAGAUCUAGAUCUACAAACUGAUCAAAAACUUGUAGCAGUGUGCCAAGCAUAGAAUCAGAACUGUGACUUGUUUUAAUUGGCAAAUUAUUCCCACUCUUGCUUUGCGCAAAGUCUGAUUUGAUGUUACUCCCCCUUAUAUAGGUCUACAUGAUACUAAGGCUUCUGCAUCGUGAGUCUUAACAGCAUGUUUACAGCCAGCAAUGUGUACAGAUGAUGUUCGAAAAAAAAAAAGUGCAUAACCUCUUGAUAUGCUCUUGUAAAAAUGUGUUUGGCUUCCACAUACAAAGGGAUCGUCAAAAGUAACCAUCAAAAUUGUAACGCUAUUACUAUCAAGACACACCUCAUGAUGUCAAUUAACAACAGACUUAUCUUUUGGCCUUAACAUGUGUUUAGAGUUAAGGUGUCUAGAUUUAUUUUAGUCAUCCAUAACUAUUAAGCAUUCAGUACAGCUACAUUUAGAAAUGCUAAAAUAAACUUAAUUAAUUCAAUUGACUUUAUUAAUCUUCCUUUAUUAUUUCUAUAGAGAUACAUUAACUAGCAUCUCAUCCAGUAGACAUUAAAGCAACUGGUUGCUGUGCAAAUUAGCAUCACAGCAGUAUUUCUGUUGAAAGCAAAAUAUCCAAUUAAAAAAAGCAGUGUAUUGUGAAAAUGACUGUACAGUAUAUCGUUUGUAUAGACUGUAUGUCUUUCCAUUGUCUUGAACAGAAUUUAAAGGGAUCUUGACGAUAGUAACUAUUACAAAGAAUGAAUUGCAUAUUUAUUUUUUCUCAUUUAAAUUAUUUAUGCAAAGUUGUUGUUGUGUUGUAGUGAUAUGAGAACUAUUAUUACCAUAUAAAGUAUUAGUGUAUUAUUUCAAAGUUUAAAAAAAAAUAUAUGAAUAUAGUGGAAAAUAUAAAAGUCACGUUGCAGUUAUUUUAUUACAUAAUUGAUGUUUCUUGUCUUUCUACAACAAUAAAAAAAUAAAAAAAGAC